AUGGAUCUCUGUGACUCUGGGGAUCGAGGGAUCAGGAAGACGAGGAGCAGCACCGUGUUCCUUAGAAAGGAGAAUUCAUUUUCCCUCCGCCUGUGCCAUCUAGAUUCCUUUUCCCCUCUCUUCAAGGCUGAGGAAAGGGUGUCCCAGGACCGCACGAUGGCCCCGCCUCUUCCUGAAGACAGCACGUGGUACCGGAAGUGGGUAGGGAUAAUAUGGAGGAGCUUCCGGCGUGCCCCGGCGGCUGAAAGCCGGGGCAGAAGUGCGGGUCCCGGUCUGGGUCCCCGUCCCCGUCCCGCCGAGGCGGCGACCACGGUAGGAGGAAGAAGGUGUUGGACGCGCGGGCCCUUCGCCGCUUUACGUUGCAGCCUUAUCUCAGCUCAACAUGAACUAUAUGCCCGGCACCGCCAGCCUCAUCGAGGACAUCGACAAUCUUUUUUCCUGUUCCCAGAAAAGCACUUGGUCCUGCUGCGAGAUGGAAGGACACUUAUAGGCUUUUUGAGGAGCAUUGACCAAUUUGCUAAUUUAGUGCUACAUCAGACUGUGGAGCGUAUUCAUGUGGGCAAAAAAUACGGUGAUAUUCCUCGAGGGAUUUUUGUGGUCAGAGGAGAAAAUGUGGUCCUACUAGGAGAAAUAAUAAGAAAGUUGAGAUUGAAGAUGUGAGCGACUCCAACCAUAAAGUAAGUGGUGGAACCAGGACUGAAGGUCUCCGAAUACAAAACCUGUGCUUUCUCCGCUCCAGUUCACAGCAUCCUCACUACCAUCGCAACCAACCCAAAGGCAGGUGCUGUUGCCCAGUGCUCACCUGCUCUGAGCCAGGGCCCAGACAAGUUCAAGGUCCCUCUCCUCAACUCUCAGGAACCUGCAGAGGAAUUAAUCUUCCACCACAACCUACAAUUUCAUGGCUGAACAACCAAAGUUCCCCAGGACAGCCAGCUCUCAACCCUCAGAUCCCUUCUCCAUAUUGUUGGCCAUUUGUUCUUCUGGGAUACCCACACUCCAUCCUCUAUCUCAAACCUGGCUAACUCCUUCUUGCACUUCCCACACACAGCUCUCAUGUCACUUCCUCCCAGAAGCCGUCCAUAACACUUCUCCCUCUCCCUGUGUAAUUAGGUGUUCCAUCCCUUGUACUCCCAAAACCCCUCAUGUGCUCUACAACUUCCCAUAUUGGAUCGUAUGGUUCAUUUUCCUCAUAGCUGUAGAACCACAGUGGAUACUCAAUAAAGGAUUGUUGAAUGAAUGAA